AACCAUUGGCCAGGUCUCCUGAAGAAAACAUUUAAAAAAGGAGAAUAACAUGUGUCUGAAUAACAUCUUAUGCCUGACUGUGCUGGGAGGUUAAUCUGUGAAGCAGUUACAGCAUCAUGUACAUUCCUCUAGCUGUGUGCUGUGCAUUUGCCCUGUCUCACAUUGUACUUGAUCCUGUGCUGGGAUGGCCAUCUCUGAAGAAUGAUGCUACAGAAAUUAAACCAGAUGAUACUGAAAAUUCCAAGACCGAAAUAGAAAGUACUACACCUAAUGACAAUUAUACUCUGAACCAAGCCAAGCAUGGAGGAAGACACCUGCAUCAAACUACUGAUCAAAAAGAUCCUUCUGAAUUUAGCUGUAGAGAGCUGCAUUCCACUCAGUAUAUUACAGAUGGUCCAUGCCGCAGUCUGAAGCCAGCCAAAGAGCUGGUCUGUUCUGGUCAAUGCAUACCCUCUCAUCUCCUACCAAACUCCAUCGGUCGAGGAAAAUGGUGGCGCCAAAGCUCAUCAGAUUACCGCUGCGUGCCGGCCCACAGUCACACACAACGCGUUCAGCUCUUAUGCCCUGACAAUGAAGUGCGGACAUACAAAAUCAGACUGGUCACAUCAUGUCGUUGUAAGCGCUACACUCGCUUCCACAACCAGUCAGAGUUGAAAAACAUUGGCAAGGAAACGGUGAAGACUUCAAAGAACAAGAAACCUCAUCUUGUCAGGAUUCGAAAUAAAUCGAAUCAACGUGAGCUAGAAAAUGCCUAUUGAACUAACAGUAAAUCAAGGGUUAAUGUAUAUGUAUGUUUUAAGAGAUAUACAAAUAGUGUUGAUUUAUACAGCACACAGAUUAAAUCUGGAUACAUUUCAGAUUAUGGUUUAGGUAUUAUCUAGACUAAACAGAGUAGAGAUCUAAGGAGAGAUUAUAAAAGAAUGGCUGAAAUAAAGUCGGGG